AUGGUAUUUUCCAUCUUUCUCCACCUCUUCUUCCUAGUCAGCGCAGUUUUCGUCAAUGGCGCUCUUGAUAUAAAUGCUCUUGCCCGUGACAUUGAGCGCGUCGAGUCGAUCCGACAAGUAAAGAACGUCCAACGACAGCUGUCGCAACUCGCGCAAUUCGGCCAAUGGUAUAAUGUCUCUCAGCUCUUUAGCAGCAACAGCACCCUGGUCUGGGGCAACGUGACCGCUUAUGGCCCGUCAUCGAUCGAAGCAUGGCUGCGCAAGGACUCCGGUGACAUGAACAGCUUGACCCCAGGAUCUCUCAGUACAAUGAUCGUCGAGACCCCUGUGAUCAGUCUGAGCAUUGAUGGAAAGAGUGCAAAAGGACGCUGGAACGGCAUAUGGUUUCAGGGCGACGGAAAGGGCGGAACUCGAAUCCAAGGCGGAGUCUACGAGAAUGAAUACGUCUCGACAGACGACGGGUGGCGUAUCUCGUCGCUACAUUAUUACGCAAUGUACAAGGGCGACUACGAGAACGGGUGGCGCAAUGUUGACGGCAAGGGAAUUCCGGUCGUACCGUACCACUUCACGGCUCAAGGGUCUGGAGUGCCGAUACCGCCGGCAAUGGGAGACCCUGAGCCGUACAACGGAAGUGUCGAGGAAUUAGGAGCUAGAAUUCAAAAGUUGAACGAAGAAGAUGCUGUUCGCAACUUGAUGCACGCACACGGCUACUACGUGGACCAGAGAAUGUGGUCAGACGUCGUGGACCUACAUACCGAGAACACGACUGUACGCAUUGGCAAUGAGACAGCACUCGGAGGCAAGGCUGGCGUCAGGCAAAUUCUCGAGCGCAUGGGUCCGGAGGGAUUGAAACAAGGGAUUAACAACGAUCAUCCGAUCUUCGAUAUGAUUGUUGAGAUAGCCGAAAAUGGUAGAGAGGCUAUCGCCCGUGGUAUCGAAGUUGCUAUGUUGGGCGAUGCCAAUCUCCGGGUCGCUUCAUGGGAGUUCAAUGUCUUCAGAAACCGCAUCGUCAAAGAAGGUGACAUUUGGAAAGUUCGGGAAAUCGUGGUAACGCCACUCGUCGUUGCGGAUUACUACAUCGGCUGGGGAAAUGGUGGGUUGAAGCCACCAAACACAGUCAUUCCACCAUUCUUGAAUGUUACUGGCAGUUCAAUGGCACUAGGAAGUAUGACGAGCUCGAAAAAUGUGACCGUAGACGAUCUGGAGCGCCGUCUUCGACGCAGCGCAGCGUUUGAUGGCGCCGAGAACCUGUCGCAUGCAUACGGCUAUUACGCCGACGAUAUUCUGGGUGAGCAACUGGGCGGUCUGUUUGCGAAGAAGGGACACAAAGCUUCGCCAUUCGCGGGAUUCUUCUACACCCCCGAACGGAUAACUGGAGCGAUGAAGUCGUCGUAUGGUACGAAUCGUUCGGCUCUGCGGUCUAGCUUGUCGUUCCACUGGCGUCCGCAGCCUGUCAUCCUCGUUUCUAACGAUGGCCGAUCAGCAAGCCUGCGAGCGAGACUGUUGCAGCCUUCUACGUCCGUCAGCAAAGCUGGUAGCUUCAACUCUGCCAUAUACCAAGAUCAAGUCGUUCUUGAAGAUGGCAAGUGGCGGCUCUGGAGUGUCACGAUAGACGAGUUCUACUGGCAAUCGUCGUCCUGGAAAGAAGGAUGGAGUACGGCGACUCUACAGAAUUCUACCCAGCCUGACCCUCCUGCAUGGACGAAGAGAUAUCCACCUGAUCUCACAAUAGCAGACGUUGGGGAAAGAGAGAGUACAUUUCGCGGUGGAAGUGGCCGGUUCAUCCAAUGGCCUGAAAUUCAAAGGAUGUGGUUUCCGUAUCGGAAUCCAGUCAGCGGGCGAGAGCCUCUGUGGUACUGGCCGGGCUGUGUUCCAUGUCAAGUCCGGCCAGACUGGUCAUUGGAAGCAAACGGAUGGCAGGAGCCGUGGGCUGGUGGUCCGUUGUGA